CUUCAGCAAAAGACAGGUAAAAAAGUGAAGAGAUCCCGUCUCAUCAUGUCUCAAUUCCGUGCGAAGCGGCUGGACAUUUCCGGUUUUAUCACAUCCAAGGUGAUCCGCGACCAUACAAAGCGGAAAGUCUUCAAAGAAUUUGAACCCGAAAGACAAGCUCUCCGCUAUCUUGUCCGGAAUACCUCUCUUCCUAUGCGUGUCCGCGCCCAAGCACAACUCCAACUCUCACAAAUGCACUGCUAUACUCGACCGACGCAAAUCAAAAACCGAUGUAUUGCUGGUGGAAUAGCGAGGGCAGUAUUUAGGGAUUUCAAACUGGCGAGAUAUCAAUUCAGAGAACAAGCGCUAGCGGGAGAACUUCCGGGAGUCAAAAAGGCAAGCUGGUGAUUUUUUGGGAUGGUGCGGUUUUGGCCAUCUUUAAGCGGAUUCCUGCAUCUUCUCUUUCCAUGGACUUAGGCGUUUUGGAUCAUAUGUAUACUAUGUACAGUAUAUGAAAGGAAUAAUGCUAUAUAUUCCUUUGUGGCUCUUCCGAAAGCUUCUUCGUCCAACUUCCUUUCCUUUGACCAAGUACAGAGCACGGCCCGAUAGAUCAAUCCCCAGCCAGGCGAAAGGAUUUAAACUUUUGAAAACUGUGGGUAAACCUGGAGGCUUAGGGAUCGAUCUCGCAAUGGCCAAAACCAAGUGCUCCGAUGAUUCAAAUGGAUUAGAAGCACGUAACUCAAUGAGAAGCGCUGCAGCAGUUGUGCGGACAAUGUAUCUCCACUUCAAGCUCAGCAAACGGACGCGCCUGGCAAAUCAACCCAGAACCCUCUAGUCUGAAAGAAAAGAGAAAGAGAAAGUAAAGUAUUGAGUCAAACAAUAUACAAACUUGGAUUUAAGCU